AUCGCUGCCUCACAGCAGAAGGAACAGCUGAAGUUUAGAUAAUACUGCCGAUAGCCGCUUACUUGUUUUACUUUGAACCGUGAGACCUUUUUGAAUGCUUUAAAAGUUUUCUGUUGAAGAAAUGAUCCUGAACGUUUUCUGAUCUUGUUGGUCAUUCUAAGUAAUCCAACAUCCACAUAGAUGCUGUUUUUAUUUUUGUUGCUCAAUGAUUUCUUGAAGUCGGGCGUGUAAAGGACAGCUGAUAUAACAAAACAUGAGACAGAUGGAAAAGUUUAAAGUAAAGUUGAGUCCACCUAAAGGCCCAUCAGCCUACUUCUCCCCCCUUGGGAUGUGUGUUAUGUAACUGUGGCUUGUGGUCAGGGGAGUUACUGGUUUUGCUGUAGCUGCAUUGGCCAAUUGAAACAGUAGUCAUGUAACAGCAAACUAUGAAUCAGGAACGUCCUUUUGGCAACAGGGCCACAGACGCUUGACUGAGGGAAAAACAGAGGAUUGUUUAGUCCUAUAGUAAGUAAAGCAGCCGGAAUUCAUAUGAAUGUGGAUGUCAGCCGCAGGCUGCAGUUCUCUCACAUUAUUCUUAAGGCUGUACACUUUCUUAAGAAGGAAUAUUGCAUUGAUUUUUAUUCUCCGAAAUUAGACGCAAAUUACUUAUAUCUUAGUCCAAAGUGUGCUGUGUGAACAAAACACAUUUGCAGUUUGCUUUUGAAUGUUGCAGGAGACUUGAGGAGCCUCCAGCAGGCAGUAAGCAGUGUACAGCCUGAUGGACGUUGGCAGAAAAACAGCCCCUAAGGUCGUUGUAUGCAGGACCCCGAGGAGGAGGAGGAGGAGGGCGAGUGCUUUGAAGAUUCCCUGAAGCAGCAACCACACGUUUUGACUGAUGAUAUCCAGCAUCACUUGUGUUAUAGUAAGACCACCGAACGGAGACCACAGUGUACUGGCACCAAUACAAGAACCAUUGCAGGCCAACACCGAGCGAAAAACAAGACCAGUGCUGCGUGUUGGGUAGCCACAUUUUAUUACCAAAGAUUGGUCUCAAACAGCUCUUUCUUCUGUUGUUUUUGGGGUAAAUGUGAAAGUUGUGAGAUGCUCGACAGCCGUUUGUAGUGUUGCUUGCAUCCAACACAGGAGGUAUUACAGUAUUGCAAGUAUUAAUUUAAUGAUAUUCCCACAACGGUGGUCUUUUCCGUCUUGUAAUAAAAUCCUGAAUCCGCUUUGUCCAAGACCAAGUAAAAAUGUGGUUGACUCCUUCAAAACGUUGCCAUGAUCCAGCCGGAUCCUGAGUACCAUCACCCUGAUUUUAGAAAAAUGAAAAUAGGGUGAGAUUUUGUGUGUAUUCCAUUUGGAGCACCUUGCAUAACCCACGCUGAACAUAGUGGGUCUUACAUAAUACACAUGGCAACUUGACAACUGUUCUUGUUCUCAUUUUGGUCUCAUUUUGGAACCCCAAAAAGUACAUAUUAAAAUACUCAGUCGCAGUACAACAUGGGCUGUGAAUAAGUAGUUGGUUCUGACGAUUAGUGUACAAAUGGGUUUGAAUGGGUUAUAAUAUACAAGGACUAGUGAAAUUAGUGUACAAAUGGGUUUGAAUGGGUUAUAAUAUACAAGGACUAAACAAUGAUACUCAAUAUUCCACCUCAGACCCUUCCUUUGUUCAUCCCAGAAGCCCCCUUUAGCCUCCACAAGGCCCCUUGACCGUGCACCUUUACUCUUUGAAGCUGGCCUGCGGCUUCUGUUUUUAGAAGUUUCAUAAAUGUGAGCCACUGUGCACUCGUGCAUUUUACCAUCAAGAGAACCGGACCCGUGCUGAAGUCAGGGUUGUGAAGUGUUUGCUGUGUACACACUGCCGGGGCCGGUGCAAACCUGCGCUCAAAUUGAUAGUUAAUAUUUAACAGAGGAGAAUAUGGGUCAUCCCUCUUGAGUAGAUUGGUGGUUAUGUCUCACCUCAUACACCCACUUUUUGCAAUAGAGCCUGCGCAAAAAAAAACCUGUGUUUGUACAGGUUCACUCCAGGGAGAUAAAGCUGAUAUUAUCCCGAAGAGGUGCAGCAUGCUGAAUCAGGAAGCAUUUUCUCUAUCAAUUUAUUUACAAGCAAUUCACGUUGCUUGUUUUCAUUGUGUGCAACAGCCGUUUUUUAUCCCUAGUGCCAUUGCAUGCAUACUUUCAGUGCACUUCCAUUCCAUUGCUAGAUAUAUCAGUUAAAAGAUUCCAAUAACAUGAACUUAAAGUCAUAUUUUACAGAGCGCAAAUAUAGAGCGCAAAUAAAAGCAGAUCUAAAAAGAAGGGAAUGCAACCUGAAUUUCUUUUUUCAGAUGAUCAAGUUUGAUUAUUGACUCAACAUUCAAUAGUCCACUCAGGAAGAGGAAGCUGCAUCAUCCAUGCUGAUCAGAUGAACAGCUUAAUCAUUGACCUGAUUCAAGACAAAGUACAUAAAGCCCAAGAUCAUCACCUGUCACACAGGAGAGCUGCCGGUUGUCCCCAUAACAUCACUAACACACAGCUGGAGAAUCUGCAUGAGAACAUGAGAAUCCCACUAAUUCCCGUAUUGUUGGUCGCGGCUGCCGCCUGUGUCCCUUCCUUGUCUGGCGAAGGGGGGCCGCCGGUCCUCGGGCCGGAGGCCCCCGCUGAGACCCGCUCCCGCUUUGCUGCCCUCGACGAUGUGCGUCUCCUGGGGAACGGCCUCCUCCAGCUGGGCCAGAGCCUGAGGGAGUUUGUGCAGAAGACGAGGGGACAAAUAAACGACAUCUUCCAGAAGCUCAACAUCUUUGACAACUCAUUUUACCAGCUGUCAGUGCUUGCCAGCGAAAUCAAAGAGGAGGAAGAGGAGCUGAAGAAGACCACGGUGGUGCUGAAGGCCAACAACGAAGAGAUCAAAAACAUGUCGGUUAAGAUCGGCUCCAAAGUGGACAGCAUCCUGCAGGAGAAGACCCAGUUGAAGAACAAGGUGGAAGGGCUGGAGGAGAAGCUGAGCAGCAUGUCACACGGCCUGGUGACCAGCGAACAAGUGGCAGAGAUCAACGGCCUCAGGGAAGUCAUCCACAGCCAGGAGCGGAGCAUCUCAGAGCUGCUGGAGGCUGUGAGGGAGCAGAGCGACCAGCUCAACCACCAGAGAGCGAAGAUCAGGAUUCUAGAGGAAAAGUUUACACUAAACACAUUGACACAAGAGACCAUCGAGAAGAUGCCUGACAGCUUCAGAAGUGAAGCACCAACACUCGCCCCUUACCUGACCUCGAGCUCCACCAGCCCCACCAGCACCACCAAUCUGCCAUCAGACUGCAGUGACCUGUUCAACAGAGGGGAGCGAGUCAGUGGCGUCUACGCCAUCAGACCCAACGGAAUGGAGCCCUUCAUGGCCUUUUGUGACAUGAGCAAAGAUCACGGAGCAACAGUGAUCCAGCGAAGGACGGAUGGUUCGGUGAAUUUUGAUCAAAGCUGGGAGAAGUAUGAAAAUGGGUUUGGAGACUUUCAAGGGGACUUUUGGCUGGGUCUCAGGAGCCUCCACUCUCUAGUCACUCAGGGCAGCUCUGUCCUUCACAUCCAGCUGGAAGAUUGGAAGCAGAACAGGCGCUUCAUUGAAUACAGAUUUAACCUUAAUGGUCCUGAAAGCAACUACACCAUUCACCUCACGCAUCUGUCUGGAGAUUUGCCGGACCCCAUGAUCAACCACACGGGCAUGAUGUUCUCCACCAAGGACAGGGACAAUGACAAGCACCAGGAGUCUAACUGUGCCCACGACUACACAGGUGGAUGGUGGUACAACGCCUGCGGAGACACCAACCUGAACGGGAGGUAUUUCCACGUGAGAGCCAAGGGGCGCUCAGAUCGUAGGAGAGGGAUUCAGUGGAAGCCGGGCCAAAAGGCGUAUUACUCCCUGAAGUUUACCCAGAUCUCUGUGCACCCCGCGGCUUCCCCCAGUACCAACCCCUCCUCGACUGCCUCCACUGAAACAGGUGUCUUUCUGUGAUCCGGUGCCAGUGUUCUCAGUGAAAAUGCUGUAUUUAGCCUUGACAAUGCUUCAUAUGGACAGCCAUGGCUUAAGGCGGCUUGGGCUGAGGCGAAGACGUUUCUUCCCGAGUGCCAAGUUCAAGUAGAUUGAGUCACAGAGGAAACUAAACAAGCGUUACAUUUUGUGAGAGAGACGAACAAAGGGCCGCCUGUAGUGUGACAUCUGGAAAAUACCAAAACACAGUUAGCAUACAUGACCACAUGUCCACGCUCUGUAUCUUAAAGGUCAAAGGUUAUGGAGGAGGAAUUCAAACGUACAGUCGUGGGUGAGCAGUUUUGUAUCGGGUCACGUUGACUCAACAACAUACAUCAGCGGUUUCCGACAUGGCGGAGGCCAAUGAGGAGGUCGCAAGAUACAUCUGCAUCUACGUUUAGAGGGAAUUAAAAGGAUACAAAACUCUACUCUGUCAUCUUUAAAUGAUUCAAAUGAAGGGUUGCAUCUGAUGGGGAUUUUUAAUUACUGGAUAAAAAAAUGAAAAUAGAAAAAUGCUUCUGAUCCAAAGAUCUAUUUAUUAUUAGAAAAUACCAGAAAUGAGUCGUCUGUGACGGCGAUGUUGCAACUAUUGGCAUUAUUAAUUAGGAAAAUGAUUAUCAGCACAAUUACUUAUCGUUAGAUUGAUUCAUUUUUCUACUGCUUCAAUUAAAAUAAAAAUGUAAAUCAUCUGCGCA